GGCAUUUGAGAGUCCAGUAGAGUCACGGCAGUCGCCCGUCAUUCGUCGAGCGCAGCGUACGUCUGUCACGUCACCGCGCGCAACUUACCAGCCAUGUGGUGAAGUGAAACUGUCAAACGUGAUACACUUUCGCAUACCGGUGUUAUUCGGUUUUAGUGGACUAUUGCACUUUUUAUUUAUAAUUGACUUGUGGUUGUUUGUGAUAACGAAGUGGUGCAACUAUUUUGGAAAAUUGGAUUAUACGAACGUAUAAUGGCCUUAGCCAGGUAUAAUCAGCAAACCGCGCGCUCCUCUUCGUUGAAGCUCGGGUCAGGCAGCGAGUGCGGCGGUGGAGGGUCGGGCGGCGGCGCGGCCGCUCCGCAGUCGGCGCGCGUCUCCUCCAACGGCGCCGGCGGGAUGGCGGUGAGCCGCGUGCCCAGCCCGCUGCACGACGGCAACACGCCCGUCGCGGAAAACUGGUGCUUCACACAGGUCAAAGUGGUUAAGUUCAGUUACAUGUGGACAAUAAACAAUUUUAGUUUCUGUAGAGAAGAAAUGGGUGAAGUGUUAAAAUCAUCGACUUUUUCCGCUGGUGCUAGUGACAAGUUAAAGUGGUGUCUUCGUGUUAAUCCUAAAGGACUCGAUGAAGAGAGCAAAGACUAUUUAUCGUUAUACUUAUUAUUAGUGUCGUGUAAUAAAUCAGAAGUGCGGGCAAAAUUCAAAUUCUCAAUAUUAAAUGCAAAACGGGAAGAAACUAAAGCGAUGGAGUCACAGCGCGCCUACAGAUUUGUUCAAGGCAAAGAUUGGGGGUUCAAAAAAUUUAUCAGAAGAGACUUCCUAUUAGACGAAGCGAACGGCCUCCUACCUGAAGACAAACUGACGAUAUUCUGUGAAGUGUCAGUUGUAGCAGACAGUAUCAACAUUAGCGGUCAAAGCAACGUGGUACAGUUCAAAGUACCAGAGUGUCGGCUAUCCGACGACCUGGGCGCGCUAUUCGACAACGAAAGGUUUUCUGACGUCACCUUAGCUGUAGGAGGAAGGGAAUUCCAGGCGCAUAAAGCCAUAUUAGCAGCGAGAAGUCCAGUAUUUGCAGCGAUGUUUGAACACGAAAUGGAAGAGAGGAAAAGGAAUCGAGUGGAUAUCACGGACGUGGACCACGAGGUUUUGAGAGAAAUGCUACGUUUUAUAUACACGGGCCGGGCGCCCAACCUAGACAAGAUGGCUGAUGACCUUUUAGCAGCUGCUGAUAAGUACGCACUCGAGCGGUUAAAAGUAAUGUGUGAAGAGGCGUUAUGCCUCAGCCUAUCGGUGGAGACGGCGGCAGACACCCUUAUAUUGGCGGACCUGCAUUCUGCAGACCAGCUUAAGGCGCAAACCAUCGAUUUUAUUAACACGAGUCACGCGACGGACGUGAUGGACACGGCGGGCUGGAAGAACAUGAUCUCGUCGCACCCGCACCUGAUCGCCGAGGCGUUCCGCGCGCUGGCCACGCAGCAGCAGCAGAUCCCGCCCAUCGGGCCGCCGCGCAAGCGCGUGAAGCAGGCCUAGUGCGGCCCGCCGCCGCCCCCCAUACCAAAGACACGGCCGCCGCCACCGCCGGACUCUCUGUGAGUGGCCCGUGGAUGUGUUGCGUGGAUCCACGGAUUCAAACCUUCGUUUUACUAUGAUUGAUCUCAAGACGAUAUUCGAUCCUAAUGUUUUUUUGUCUCUCGCGGUUAUAGUGUACCGCUUUUAAUAAUUACUUUUAAUGUGUAUGUUACGGAGAGCUGGACGCUUUUUGCGCGUUGAUGUAGUUUCGGAUGUAGGCUUCGGGUUAAAUAUUUUAUGUAUGUCGUUUUUGUGAACAUUCUCUUGCAGCUAUGUAUCUAAAUUAUUACUAUGUAUUAAUAUGAUGCUCGUGUCUAAAACAACUAUCCAUGUCAUAUAAAUUUAUCGUUAUAUUAUUAUGAUUGUAACAUUCAUUGGCUAACAUAAUGGCGUAAAUUAAAAAAAUAGCAAUGUACAGGAUACAAAAUAAAUUGAAAUAAUCGAAAUCGAUUAUUAAGCCACAAUGCAAACAUAUUUGAAUUGGAAUAUCUUGGUGUUUCGUGUUCCCAUAGAAAUUACAAAAACAUUAAUGUUAGACAUUGUAUAACGUAGGCCUUUUGAAAAUAUUUUGAAGUAGAGUGGUAAUUGAAUGCAAUAAAGUUAUGUAUGUAGCAGGGCUUUGUACAAAAUUGUUAGUCUUAUCACACUUUACUGUAUAAUACUGAGAGGAGAUGAGUAACACAUCACAUGGUCGCUGGCGAUUGCUCGGAAGGCAAUGAGUAUAACAAUUGUGUGCAAAGCUUUGAUAACAUGUAGACGCUGUAGGGGACUCGAGUGAUUGUAUAAGUCUAUUGAAAUUGUUGGUAUUGUAUAUAGAUGAGCUACGAUCCCACCAUUAAAAUAUUUCUAAGUACUAACCCUUAAGUGGUAUCACGGAUGACACCAUUAAUUUUUUAUCGUAUCUGUAGGAUGUUAUUCCAAUGACAUAUUGUGAUUUUUCUAUCAUAUUUCCAUAGGUAUAAAAUACACGAACGCUUUUUGUUUUGUUUCAUAUGUAGAUGAUCACUGGAAUAAUUUAAAUUUUAAUGUAUUAUUAUUGUUGUUGGUUUCGCUUCAUCAAUUGUACAUUACGUGUCAUGUCCAAAUGCCGGCGUCUAGUGUCGCCAGUCAUUUUGCUCACUUCAUUAACUUUUAAAAUUAAUAUGAUUCUAAAUUACAAAUUGAUAAAUGUUAUUUAUUAGUAUUAUUAUCAUUUUUUUCAUUUUCUACUAUGACAACUUAGCAGAUUUUAUAAUGAAAUGUAUUUCUUUAACUGUAUAAAAUGAUGGACCUACCCAUAAGUACCUAUUGUAAUAUUUACUCAAUAGAAGUAUGUAAUAUACCGCGGCCAAUAAAUAAUAAUAUUUAAUACCAUUUUAUACCCACUUCCCAUUUUACCACAGCUGACAGCUGUUAUCAUGUAAUUGAAUAUUACAAAAUGUCAAAAAUAACUGUGAUUUUCGAAAUUGUCAGUAAGUUGAGCAAAUAAAUGAAAUGAUGAUGAAAA